UCGUGGACAUCUCAUUGGCUGAGCUAGGGAUGCUUCGGCUGCUCAUUGGUUGAAAGUUUGAGCCUUCAGUUUUGCUGGAGGAGCGGCCUUAAAUGACGCUUCUCUGAUUGAAAGACUUCAUUUAGCAGUUUCAGACUCAGACUCAGACGCAGACACCAGGCCCACACCCGCAACUACCUCCUCUUCUCUCUCCUCAGGACCGCCUCAAAGUAGAGCCAUGCUAGUUGCGUGUCUGGAGGGUCUGGGCCUGGCGGUGUGCGUCGUCGGCACCCUCCUGGUGAUGGUGGCCUGCGGGCUGCCCAUGUGGAAGGUGACCGCCUUCAUCGACUCGAACAUCGUGGUGGCUCAGACCAUCUGGGACGGUCUGUGGAUGUCGUGCGUGGUGCAGAGCACGGGCCAGAUGCAGUGCAAAGUCCACGACUCCGUCCUGGCGCUGGCUCAGGACCUGCAGACGGCGCGCGCCCUCACCGUCAUCUCCGCGGUGUUCGGGAUUGUGGCGCUCGCGGUGGCGGUGGCCGGGGCGCAGUACACCGUCUGCAUCACGGAUGAGGCGGUGAAGACCAGGGUGGUGCACGCCGCCGGUGUCAUCUACAUCCUCAGCGGUCUCUUCGUGCUGGUGCCUCUGUGCUGGAUUGCCAACAACAUCAUCGUGGACUUCUACGACCCGAAGGUGCCGCCGUCCAAGAAACGGGAGAUCGGGGCGGCCAUCUACAUCGGCUGGGCGGCCGCCGCGAUGCUGCUCCUCGGCGGCAGCCUGCUGUGCUGCUCCUUCUCUCAGCUGGUUCGGGGCAACUAUUCCAUCAAAUACACCCCCACCAAGAGCAUCGCAGUCAACGGAGACUUCGAUAGGAAACAUUAUGUAUAAAGGCAGUGCAUAAACUGUUCACCGAGACUUUUAAUUCCAGACGCUGAGCUGAGAAACGGGUAAACCAGUGUUGUUGUUUUUACAGAUGUGGUUUUGUUGUUGUUUUAAAUUGCUCACUCAGUAAAGUGUGCACCAGUGUGUGUCUCCAGAGUCUUUGGACCAUAUGUCCAACUUUGGCCCCACCAGCUGCCCUCCUGUGUACUUGGUUCGUGUUGAAAGUCAUUGACAUCUCUGAAGAAUUUCAGACUCUCUCCUAAUGUCUGUGUCAGUUUGGGAACGGGAGCCAGUGCUCGUACUGAAUGUAAAUAAUAAUAAAAAAAAAACAUUUAAAACUGAAAAAUUAAGCUAUUUUCUACACAGCCUUCAUUUAGGUCUAAACACCUGAAUCUGAGUGUGACGUCAUCUACCAGCAGCUUUUUCUGUUGAUUUUCUCUGCCACAAAUUUGGGCAACUCCUUAGUGAUGAAGUAUUGUUUCUGUUGUAAUAUCAAAAAAGACUAAAAUGUUGAUUUUUUUUUUAAAUAACCGUAUUAAAAUCAUUUCAGUUCAUUGUCUUGCAGGUCUGGUUUAAACAGCCUCUCUGUAAAUACUGUCCUGCUGUGACGCCUUUCAAACUGACGCGGAUUUGUUCUGUGAUCAGUCAAGUAUAUUUCUGUACAAAUAUAUUCACAGUUUUUGUAUUAAAAGAUCCUGGCUUUGUUUUUAUUCAGGUAACUUGGAUUUUUUUAUAUAAGUAAACACCAACCUUUGAAAAUGUAGACUACAUAUAUAUUGUACAAAGUUGUUGUUGGUGUUUUUUAACUAAACCGCAGUGUGUAAAUGUAUCCGGCUAUUUUGCAUUAAAUACUAAAAAUAAAACCAAUGUCAUAUAAAUGUUUUUAUA